AUGCUCCCAAUUAACAAUAAUAACGCUGGUGCUGAAAUAAUUCACAUCAGUGACGAAGAACCAGAUCUGGAAUCAUCGUUGUUAGAAGUCAACAUUAAUUCUGCCCCUUCAAUUUUAUCAACAACGGAACAAACCAAUCAACCUGCCUCAAAUCUUUUAACAUUACAAAGAAAUUUGGGAAUCAGCACCGCCAACAACAACCACCAACAAGAUGGUGUCUCACUCGAUUUAUCCUUACACCAGUUUGACGGUGAUGGUGGUGGCAGCUCUUCUACUAUUGAUGUCACCGAUGGCGGCCCUGGUGGUGGUGGUGGAGGUGGAGAUGGUCUCUUGAGGAGCGUUCUCAACAAUACUUCUACUAGGCACAUCAUGCCUAUCAAAAGAACUGCACCUGGUUAUGCUCGCCGAGAGUUUACGGUGGGUGAGAGCUCAAGUGCCGGUGGUGCUGGUGGUGGAUCUGUUGCUCAACCUAUGGCAGCCCCCAAGCGCCGCCCCACCGCUAAUGAAAAUGCGGCGCUGCGCGUUUCAUCAUCAUCUAAUACCUGCACUUGUACCCCUUCUCCCACUUGCGCUCUCCAUGCUUCCGCCAAUAAUAAUCUUUCUUCAUCUUCCAGGGAACAACCCCAUGAAACUGCUAACAACAACAACAACCCCCAAAAUGUUGUUUGUGUUCCUUCCAGUUUGUCGCCAAUUUCUGAGAUGCAACGAGCUCUUCAGUCUGAUAGCUUUCAAGUCCUUCAACCUACUACUACUACUCCUCCUCCUCCUCCUAACAACAACAACAACAACAACGCAACACUUGGUAUUCUGCAACUUGAUGAUGGUUCCUUUAUUUACCCGCAACAUGUUUUUGAUAGUAGCCACCACCACCAACUCCACCAUGGCCAUCAGCACGCGCCAAUUAAUUCGCUUUACCACCAUGGCCAUCAACGUUAUUUCUUCUCUGCUGACACUUCUCCAUUCCGCCCAGCCUCAAUCAAUUACAUGGAAAAUCUUCCUCAUCAUCAGUACGCCGGUUCUUCGUCUUCGUCUCCUUCCCCUCUUCCUUGGAGCACCGUGAUUAGGCCAAGGGCUAUUCCCUCUGUGUCUCUCCCUCACGGAGUUGGAGGAAGUAAUACAGAAUCUGACACCGGAAACAACUAUCCUUCUGGAAGGGGAAUAAUCACUGAGACUCACAAUCGUGGAAACUCAUCAUCAUCAACACAGCUAGUGGAAAGCCUUGUACAAAACGCUGGUACCCCUUCUGCAUUUCAGCACCUGUCGGACGCUGCUCUUGCAUGGAUUGGAAGGCUGAACUCUCAUGACGAGACCUUGACGAGAAUGUCAUCAUCUUCUACCACUGAUAAUACUCAUCACAGGCCAUUACGAGCUUCUGCUAUUGCUGAGACCUAUAAUUUGCCUACUUAUUUUGCUGAUGAUUCAAGAAGGCUUAGAAGAGAGAUCCGCAGUGCCAUUCAACAUCUGCCUAAUGGAGACUCCGUUCGACUCGAGGAGCUUUUAAUCAUUGAGUACUCCAUUUACAACUUGCUUGCCAGCAUUGAGGAACUGGAGGAUGCGAAUUUGCCGCAAUAUGAGCCUCUGGAAGACGGGCAGCGAGUGAUGAACCCUUUAGGACUGACGGAAACUGAGGUUGCAGCAUGUAUUGGACGGGAAAUUUUCCAAACUGUUGGUGAGCAGCCUCAGAACAUUGAUGCAUGCGGCAUAUGUCUGGAGGAUUACGUUCACGGUGAAGAGCUUGGGAGAUUGGAUUGUGCGCACAGAUAUCACCUUUCUUGCAUCAGUCAGUGGUUGCUCAUCAAGAACAGAUGCCCCGUUUGCAAGAAAAUGGCUCUCACCAUCAUAGACUUGGAGGAUGACGAGUAA